UUCCCCUACUAUUAGCAUACGAUGCUUGUUAUUUCACAUUUAUAAACAAACUGCAUGUUUUUAUACAAUAACAAUGGCGCCAAAUGCACCUGUUUUGGAGGCGAAAAACGAACCAAUUUCUACGUUCGCAGUGAUUGACUUGGAGACGACCAAUUUGCCUGCCUAUUGCCAAAAUCGGGUUAGCAUCACCGAGCUGUGCAUUUACGCCUUCGAUCCUUCGAUUUUAAAAGACAACCAUGCAUCUCAGGAGCCGCAACUACGUGGCGAGUUGUCGCCAAAAUCGCCCAAAGUGCUGCCCUUUCCACCGAGAGUACUUCACAAGUUAAAUCUACUUUUCCAACCGUCAAUGGCAGUGAGCCUAGACGCGCAGAGAAUCACAGGUUUGGAUAACUACCUGUUGGAGCGUGAGUCAAGGUUGAACGAAAAUGCGGGUCAAAUGAUACUGAAAUUCUUUGAGCAUUUGUCUGCACCUAUUUGCCUGGUUGCUCACAAUGGUUGGCACUUUGAUUUUCCAAUUAUAAAGCAGGCUUUUGAUAAGCUGAAUUUAAAGUUGCCAGCUUCCAUGCUUUGUGUGGACUCCUUGCGAGCUUUUAUGGAAAUCGAUGAUAAGCGAGCCAACGAACCAUUUUUGCAAUAUGUAGCUAAGUCUGAUUGGAAGCUGGAGCCGGAUCCGGAACUGGAUCUGGCGAGCAGCUCGCUUUCAAUUCCAAAAGAAAUCGACUGGCAAACAGUUAACAAUACGACACCCAAGCGUCCAACGCUAUCGCACAACGAAGCGGCUCGAAAACGCAAACUUUUAAACGAUUGCAAUGAUGAGGACAACGAAGAUCUCCAAUUGUGUCCAGAAGCAAAGCGUGCACCACAAGAGUUUCGUUCCCGUCGCAAACUUUUUUCUGGCUUGAAAUGUGCCCAAACCAAACGCUUUCCUCCUCGCGGACGUUAUUCUUUGGUUAGUCUGUUCGAGAGGACGUUUGAGCUUCCGGCCUCAGCUGCUCAUCAGGCAGAAGCCGAUGUCAAUAUGCUCACAAAGCUUAUUCAGCACUAUGGCGUUGACUUUCUAGCCUUUGCCGAGGAACAGGCCAUUCCAUUUUCAGAUGUUGUACCACUUGGCGGAAAGAGUCAAAGUAGCAAAUAAGCGUGUUUUAAUAUUUUAAUAAUUUGCAUGAUUAGUUUAGUUGAUAAAUUUUGUAAAUCAUUUUAAAAGUCCAUAUAUAUUUUUUAUAUAU